AUGGCAGAUAAUUUUGAUGAUUGCAACUUUUUCGAUGGUAUUUUAAUUGCUAACUCCUAACCCCCUAUAGAUAUUGACGAAGGCAUUUCAAAUAAAGCCAAAGGAUUAGAUAACUAAAUUAUUCAGCAGAAAUUGCACUAGUAUGAUGAAGGCUGCCAGAACCCUCGAUUUGAUAUGCAGCAGCAGAGAGUUGGACUUAACAAACCCUAGAAUUAACUUAGUAUAGGUAGUCUCACCUCAAUUAAUAACUUCAACUAUCACUCUCAAGCUAACAUUACCUCUCCUCAUAGAUAAAAUACUAGUUAAAUGAUUGAAGCAAAUCGAGUUUCACAGAAAAAUGUGAUAUCAGCUUAAGUGUAGCGACUAUAAAAUGCAGAUAUAAAUUAGCUGCAGUAGCACUAAUAAAUGAACUACCUAAGCUAUGAUAAGAAAAAUGGAUAACACUUUAAUUCAUAGCAAUUGAGUCCUGGCGGGACUUAUCAUCAAACGCAUUUCUCAGAGAUGCAGCUAAGUGUGAAUGCCUGUUCGAAUGGUGUGAUAGGCGUUCAGCAAUAUAACCAUAAUAAUCAACUUAGCAUAAACAGUGAGAACAAUAAUAAUUUCAGUAUGGGAUUUGAGAGCAAAAAAUCAUCUAAUGCUGGAUUGUUUUCACCCCUUACGCAAUCAAAUAAGAAGGGUCUAAAUAUGAUGAAUUUGUAUCAGUCUAAUACUAAUCUUAUGAACAGCGGCAAGAGUAAGUUUUCUCCUCGUUCUAAGCUAUCUCCUCAAGCUUCUGCAUCUUAAUACACUUCAAGAUUAUUUAAUAAAAACAACAAAUCUAGAGCGAAUUCUCCACCAAAAGUAAACUUACUAGAAGAAAUUGAUUUUAAAUCUAAUACUAUAAAGGACUUCAAUCAAGCCUACAGAAUAUUAGAAUCAAAGCUAAUUGAAAUAGGUUCUUCGAAUUCCAAAGCUUAGCUUAAGAGCAACCUGCUAAUUACUGAAAAGUCUCUUGACAGAUUCUUGAAAGACAAAAACAAGCAAGUAGAGUCAAAUGAGUCAAAGGAGGAGAUUCACACUAGGCUUUACAACGAGAAAGACAGGUACUUUGAACAGAAGAAGUUUGUUAACAAGAGCAAAGACGAAGUUGAACUGUCAAGGUGCACAUUCAAGCCCAACACUGAUAAGAGGCCGAACUAGGCAAGUAUGAGCAGGGAUAACUUAUCACAGCAGGUUAAAGAGAGUCAUAAUGGCAGUGUUCAAAUCACUUCAUUGCAGCUUAAUAGAUCUUUUGAUAAGUUCUAUCAAGAUUAGCUUCACUUUUUGGAAAAAUCUUAAAAUCUCAAAAAGUAACUUGCAGAAAGUGAAUAGUCAAAGUACCAGGACUUAUUCAAGCCUAAACUAUUCACAAGAGAGUUAACUGGCUCACACAAUGAAAACUCAAGAGUAAUGUCACCGCUUGAAAGGAGUUAGUAGCUUUAUUAAGAAGGCACUCAAAAAAUAAAGCUAUAAAAAGAUUAGAAGCAUCUGCUUAAUCUAUCAGCUCAAUACUAGUCGGAAUUAACUCUUAAGCCUAAGGUUGAUAAGAAAUCUGAAAGAAUGAUCCAGAAGAAGCAACCGAAUAGACAGGCUAUAGAAAAUCUAUACAUGGAUGCUCAGAGAAGAAUAAGGGAAAGAUCUUAGGAGCAUUCGAAUGACAAGGAGAAUAAACUUAGCAAUAGUCAAAGUGCUUCUAAAAUUAUGACUCAUAAGGCAUCUAAUCGACUGAUGAUAGAGAAGAUUGAGAAGGAAAUUUAGAUCGGGUUAUUGCAAAUAGAUCUAGGACUAGAUCUCACUAAGCAAAAUUAAAUCACAUUAGAUCAAGAGUAGUUUAUGCAUUUUAUGGAUAUUCUUGGAUAUCUCAACACCACAAGCAGCGAUAGUGAAGACAAAAAUAAAUAGAUUUGUGGCUUUAUCUGGGAUUAUCUUGGAUGCUAAGCAGGUAUUACUAUUAGAAAUUUGAAACUUCUUCUUUGCUCAAUAUAAAACGUUUGGAUAUAAAGUUGGAUGCAGCAGUAAGAAGGUCCAUUCUAAAUGCAAUCUGGCGAGAAAUAGAAAUCCAAGGGAGAUCUAGCAAAGCAUAAUAAAAAUAACUUCUCUAUGAACUCAGAUUUUGCUUCAUCCACUCCUAACAGAGAUAAAAGAUCAACAAUGGAUGGCAAUACUCCAUCUAUAACGCAGACACAGCCUAAUCAGCUUAAUUCAGAUAGCAAAUAAGGUAGUGUAUAUAAGCAGAAUGCAGAGUAGUCUCAGUCGAAGUAUCAAAGCAAGAAAGAAGAGGAUGAUUCGGGAGAGUUUCAUUUUGAGUCAUAUGAAUAGUUUUACAAAUUUCACUAGCAAUUGCAGAUACUCUAGUUCUAAAGAGCCUAAAAUAACUAUCACUCUCAUCAGCAGUUUAUUAAGAUGUACAAUAUGAGAUCUAACAGGUCUCAAGAUAAAUUCAUCAUUUAGAAUAACAACAACGAUGAAUUAAACGGAGUAAGCUUGGAUAGUUAAGGACCUGUAAAGAAAAUUGCUUAAAUGCACAGUCCAGUGAGUUCUUGGUUCCAACCUAAAAUAUGCAAAAAAUCUGAGGAGCUUGAUAGAAAAGUCAAAGACAAACUUAAUCAGACUAUGCAAACCCAAACAAAAUAAAAUCCAAGUAUAAGCAGAGAGCUAUCUAAGGAUAGACUAACCGAGAGAGCUCUCUUGAUGAUUGAAAAGGGAAACCACUACAAGCAGAAGGUUGAAGAAAAGCGUCAGCUAAAAGCAAUGAAUGAAACUGAUGGCUGCACAUUUACCCCUCAAGUCAAUCAGAAACUUCUUAGAGAGUUGCAGGGUGGACAUAUAAAUGACAGAUAUUAGAAUCAUGAUCCAAGCCAAACCAAACAGGUCUACAGUCAACUAUACGAUAAAAGGAAACCAAGCAGUUCCCGAAAAGAUCGCUCUCCAAUUGAGAUUGAUUUUGACAAGAACAAAAAAGACUGCACUUUUAGUCCCAAUUUUAUUUCAGAGGACUACUAUAAGAGAAAGAUUGCAGGUGCUGGAGUAACUUCUCCAAGAAUGAGAGACAUUCAAGAGGAGAAUAUUCAAGAUUAGAAAAAGGCAGGAGCACCAGGACCGAAUAAGCCAAAGUUUGAUAAGUCAACUGUAAAUAAAAAGUCUCCUAGAUUGUAGUAACAUUCAGCUGCUCAGCCAAUGUAUGCUGCGAAGAAGAAAUCUCCCAAAAAAGCUUUCCAGCCUGGAUACCAAUCGAAUAACCCUAAUAAAUCUUCAUUCAUGCCUGGUGGUAUGCCCUCAAUAUCUAAGUCUGAUGAGAUGAUCACGAUUCUAGAUGACGAGAGAGUGCCUCUACUGUACCUAGAGGUGAAUCUAGGCCACAACAUGGUCUCAAAAUUAGUGGUGUUUGAAGGCGAUGACCCAAACGAGGUGAUAGACUAAUUUGCAAAGCAAAACAACCUCACUGAGGAGAAAAGAAGCAAGCUAUCUCGAGUGGUUAAUGAGCAGAUGGCGGCUAUUUUGCCAAGAAUAGAUGAGGGCGAUGAGGAGUAUCAUUAAGAAGAUAGUGCUCCUCAUAGAGGCAGGAAGCAGUACUACCAGUAGUUUGACUAGAACUAGGAUUGA